ACAUUCAAAAUGAACAAAACCACUACACCCUACAACAGAGACAGGAACUUCUUUCAUUUCAAUUUUAAAGUCAACGAUAAUUAAAAUAGUACUGCAAAAAUCAUUAAACAUUAAUUUGCAACCUCCAACUAGGUGCCUUCAGGUUCAGAACAAACAAAAACAGCACAACGAAUAAGAAUAACAAACGCGUCGUCACAUCAGUUGGGCGAAAUUUUGAUUAAGAAAAGUAAACAGAGAUUAGCGAAAAGAGGUCGUUAAAACGUCAUAAACUGUAGAAAUUUUUCUCGAAUAAUGUCUGGCGUCUAAAAGGGCUUAUUAGCGACAACAACGGAUUAUUAUUUCGAGUUUCAGGUAUAAGAACGGCAAUGCGGUUUAAUUACUUAAGAGCUGUUUAGCUUUGUUGGGUAGGUCAUUUUGCAGGUGCCUCUUUGGCCAUAAACGCACACAAGGGUACGAGGGUGGUUUGGUGUUUUCGCUCCAGUCCGAUAAUUGUAAAGAAAAAAAAUUCUGUAGCUUCAUUUGAAAUUAGUAAUUUGGCAUGUGAUGGCUUGUACUAAUUAAUUAGUCUUCAUUACGAUGACGAUGAAUAAAGUGAAAAGUUUCCGGUGACGGUAUUGAAGCUGAAUGGAAGAAGAUCGGACGCGACGACCACCCCGUCGUAUAAGUCAGGGCCGUAUCACGGCGUACAGUGUUUAUUUACGGGGGGCUUCUUUUGUCUGUCGUCCAUCAGCUGUUCUCGCACGUGAUUCUUGUGCCGUUCCGUUGCGAAUCUCGUGCUUGUUGAGCUGCGUGAACGCGUCUUCGCGCAAGUAUUCACCCGUCCCUACCACCGGGGGUGGGAGGGUGUCACGUCAAGCCAUCACGCGGGGACCCGCGAACCUCCCUGCUGCUGGCUGCCCUGCGCUCAGUCCGUGUUCGUCCGUCGCCAGUAUUGAUCGCCUGGACAAAGGAACUGACCACCGGCUGGCCAACCUCGCAAGAAACUACUACUUGCCACUAGCCGGCCGUCGCGAGCGGAUGUCCGCACACCCAUCAUACCCGGUGUUUGAGAAAAGCGCGCGCCUGCGUCACCCCCAACUGCAUUCGUCAAAACUUGGCCGCAAGUUUCGUUUGUUUGUGUGAAGUUUUUGCCGGUGAGGUUUUUUACAACUGCGCACUCGGGCGCACUCCCAUUGGCCCGUUACACGCUUCCACCACGUGCUCCUCUCGGUGGAGACGAUGUCCACGAAGAACGUCAAGCGCUCGUUGCGCACUAUUAGCGCCCACGGAAAGCUGGAGGCCAUCAGGAGGGUGCAUGACGGCGAGAGCAAGGCCUCGGUCGCGAGGGACAUCGGCGUGCCCGAGUCCACCCUCAGGGGAUGGUGCAAGAACGAAAGCAAAAUUUCCUAUCUCUCUCGACAGUCCAGCCCCGACACGGACGAAUCCAUCGAACCCAAAGACAAGCGGCCGAAAAUCGAAGAUCCGAUAGUACAGCCGUUCAACCUCAGCCUAAAAUCGUCAAACAUUUACACACCCACCAAUUCCGAGUCUCUGUACACGCCGAUGGACUACACUAAAAACGACAUCGAUUGCACGCCGAAAACGCCGCAAAAUCUCAGCAUCAAGACGGAAACUACCCCCAAGACAGCCUCCCAAAUAACCGAACGCGAGCGAAACCGAGCGGAAUUGGCAAGGUUGAGCGUCGAACUUGGCUUGAACCGACCCGAAAUGUUCACCUCCUCGUCUUCAACCAACAACAACACCUCUAGUCUUGCCGAUCUAGCCGCGAACAUCAACCUCCUCAGCCAGUGGAACAACAUUCUGAUGCAACAUCAACUCAACAAGAAAGUCACCCCCGACACGACAACUCCAAGCAGCUCAACCCUCAAACAACAGAACUCGAUCAAACCGCCCAAAGAACAACAGUCGGUUGAAGAUUACAUCAACAGUUGGUUGAAAGCGCAAGAGGCGAUGUUGAGUCACAGCCGAUCGAAUGGACUUCCCCCGGUCACGACAACAACAAAUUCAACAUCAAACAUGCAAAGUUCGUGGUUUUGGAAUUGGUAUAAGCAGCUCUCGUAUCAGCAGAGUGCCACACCUGCCGUAUCCCCGGAAAAGCCGAUUUUGUAUCAACAAUUGACAAAGGAUUCAUCCGAUGCGGAAAAUCUCUCGGUUGAUAAGUCGAACAACAACAAAGUGAAGUCGGUCUUGGACAAUUUGCUUCAUAUCAACAACAAUAACGUGACGAUGGAUAAAAAGGAUUGCUUGUCGUAUAGUGAGGCCGUCGAGCACGGGGAGAAAUUCUUGAAGUGGCUGGAAUCUUGCAGUAACCCUUCGGUGACGGCAAUGCAGAUAAUGCAGUUCAGGGCGUUGUUGAGUAACGUGAAGAACAGUGCGGACAGGAAGAAUGGUGACCUGCAGAACAAAACCAAAGUUAAAAGAAAGUGAAUUUACUUUCGUCUAGUGAAAAAAGGCUGUUUAGCUACCAAAUCUUAUUAGUUAAAAUAUUAUGUAGUUUAUGUAAAAAGUCUAUACGGGUGUUGAUUCGAUGGAUACGGCGUUGGUAGUAACCAUUAAAUUUACGCCCGUUCUUCCUUAAAUGUUACCUUGACAAACCGUUUAUUGACGCUUAAAAUUUGUUUGUACAUACGUUACUUUAGUCGAAUUUAGAUAAAUUUAAUUGUAAAGACUAUUAAUAGUGCCAAAUGAUUUUCGCAUUAUUUUUGCUCAAAUAUGUACCUAACUGUGUGUUAUAGACCAGUUUUUUUCCUAUUUCAGAUCUCAUGUCAUUGUCUGCCAAAGUUUUUUUCACCGCGCGGCCAAUUGGUCGACAUUUGUUUGCAAUACAUGUCAGAAUUUAUUCCUUAGAUUUAAGUGAUUUAACUGUUAUACAGGGUGGUGUGUACUUUCAGUGAUUUAUUGCCCUGUAUCGAAUUUCGCUAAAAUUAUGGUGUUAUUUGUACAUUGUUGUAUAAUAAAUUUAUCUAAUAUUUUUGUACCAAAUUAAAUAAAAUUCUUCGACAUUGA